AUGUCGUCUGUACCUCCUGGUCGAGACACUGACGCUUCUAGCAGUAGCGUUACUGAUAGUGGUAGUGAUGAAUCGACACCACCAAAUUCUCCUCCUUCUGCUACAUCCAAACGCAGUCCUGCAUCACUUCAACCGACUACGUCAUCGUCUCCUCCGUCCAAUUUACCACCUCGUCGACCGUCUGUGGUCCCUGUAGGACGUCAAGCCGCUAUCCACGCAACUCCCACAGCUCCACGACGUAAAAGAAAAGCCACACCACCACGUCGACGUCCUACUAGUCCUGUAACUACCACGCAGCCAGUCAAACGAAGGAGAAAACCAGGAGAUGGUGCCUUACGGGAGAUUAGGUUGCUCCAACGAUCGACUAAGUUGCUGCUACGUAAAUUACCAUUUGCACGGGUCGUACGUGAAAUUCAGACGGAAUUUACAGGGGUAGGCUAUCGCUGGCAAGCUGAAGCACUCUUGGCAUUGCAAGAAGCAGCAGAGACGUACCUCGUUCGUACUUUUGAAGAUGCGAAUUUGUGUGCUAUUCAUGGCAAGCGCGUGACGUUACAAGUAAAGGACAUUCAAUUGUCAUUACGAAUUCGUGGGAUUCGACCGACAGCGUCGUAA